ACGGGGUACCAGCACUCCCAAGAAACGAGUCCGGAGUGUGCCGGUGCAGGGUCCUCGGCGAAACACCCCACGUCUCGCGCCUUUCGAAACCGCGUCGCGCUCCGCGUGACGACAUCUUUGAGCCACGGCGAUUUCGUAACGCACCAGCGCUCACCCCCACAGAGAAGUCCCACUUGAACGCAUAAGCACAGCACGAUGAGAAGUUUCAUCGGGAAGGUUGUGUCGAACAAGAUGCAGAAGAGCGUGGUGGUGGCGGUGGAGCGGUUCAAGACGCACAGCAAGUACCCCAAGGUCGUGCAUUCCACCAAGAAGUUCAUGGCUCAUGAUGAGAGCAAUGACUGCUCCAUGGGCGACCAGGUGCGCAUCGAGUCGUCGCGGCCGUUGAGCAAGAGGAAGCACUGGGUGGUCACGGAGGUCCUUCGCAAGGCGCGCAUCUUCAACAUAGAUGAUACUAAAAGACCAGCAGCAGCUGCAGCUGCUGCUACUGCUGCUGCUGCUGCUGCCAGCGCUGCUGGUGCUGGGGUUGGUGGUGCAGGUGGUGCUGGUGUUGGUGCUGGUCGUACUGCUGCUGCCAUAGAAGCUGCCUUGGCUGCUCAAAGUGCAUCUACCUCCAGCCAUAGUGCCAGCAGUCUCUAGAUCCUCCCCAUGGACGUUUUUCAAGUAUAUUAGGUAGCCAGGAUACAUAGAGAACCAGCUGCUCAUGGCGCUGCUGGUGCCCCUUCUGCUCAAACCACCCCUGGUGGUAACCCUAGUGCCAGUCUUCCUCAAGGCGUGUACCUGUGGCUGGAGUGGCGUGUGUGUGUGGGGUAUGUUAUGAGUACGUGUUGCAACCACGGAAUUGUUCCAAUGUGACGGGAAACGAAACGAGUCGUCCUGUGAAUUGCAG